GAAACCAAGCAGCUGCAAGUUACUUAUAGUCAGAAACACGAGUAUGUCUGCGUGAGUAUUUAAAUUUCUGUAAUCGAUCGUUACGAGAAAAGUAUACAGGAUUCUCCGAUCCACCUCAGUUCUUAACCUAAGUGUAAAAUGUUGUCGUUUCUGCGGUGUGUGCUUUGUUGUGAUGAUGAAAUAAACACUGGACAGUCUGAAUCUGAGUCGUAUUAUGAUGAAAGUCCCUCCCAGCCCUUUAAUUAUCGCGUAAUUCUUGAUAAUUAUGACACAUUUUCAAGAACUCAAAUUGAUAAGACGACUCGAACUCAUGACAUUUGCACUACUUACCGGUUUCCCCCAAAAUCAAACCCUCCCCCGGUUUAUAAUCCACCAAAACAAACCCUGUCAAGAAUUAAUGACAAAGUUAUUUCAGAAUCGAAAAAAACACCCACUGGAAAAGAUACUAUUGUCUUUCCGAGACCAGCUAGUUCCUCUUCCCGUGUUGUGUUACCACCUCAGCCAUCCCCGAUAUCUCCUUCACUGUCAAAGAAGCCUAUUCUGGCUCCUGCCCCGUCUAGUUCGACAUUAAAUCAGGCAAAGAGUCAAUAUAAUGUGGUAGAGCAGGGUUCGACCCCUCUUUUUGUGAUUCCGGAAGACAUUAAAGGCUUGAUCAGGAAAGAUAUUGUACCCGGAGUUUUGAAGAAACCUUUGUCUCCACAAACGUACAAGGAUUACUUUGAGGCACUGCUAUAUGCUGAGGACUAUUACCUCGAGAAAUGGGAUGGGUUUGAGAUGACGAAUGUAACUUUGAAGUUGAAUGAAGCUGAAAUACAUCGCAGGAAAGGCAAAUCAAAAAACAAGAACAAUAACCAAAAAGAUGAAAAGAUUUUUGUGGAAUUUGAGGUAGACUCCAUUCCUGAGAGGCGACCGUUUCUUCUAUCAAGGGACUUUGCCUCUGUGCGACCUACUGGCACCAAAGUUGAUCCAUUUCAGGGCAUCAUCUUCCGGGUAGUAAGAAGCAAUAUUGUGCUAGUUGAAUUUGGGGAGGAUUUUCAUGCUCAGCAUUACUCUUCAUGCAAAUACGACGUUAAGUUCUCAUUUAACAGAGUAUGUUUGAAGAGGGCUCACCAAGCAAUUGCAGCAGUAUCAGAUAUGUUCUUCAGGAAAUUCCUAUUUCCAGACUGCAGGCCUGAGAAAGUUUUAUUGAAGGGAAAAAUUCUGUUUAGCAGUCACAAACUCGAUUCAUCUGCUAUUAGUCGAAUCAUAAACCUUAGUGGCCCCCCUGCUUAUCUGUUGGAAGGCCCGAUAUCAGUAACUCGUGACAAACAAUUGUCAAGAACUGGAAUGGUGAUUCGAGAUGCAGUAGUCCAAUUAUGUCAAGUCUCAUCACAUAACAGAAUUCUUAUCUGUGCACCCACAAACAGUACAUGUGAUGUAUUCAUGAGAAGCCUGCGGAAAGAAGUUGGCGAUUCUGACAUAUUUCGAGCCAAUGCUGCCUUCAGAGAAUUAGAUGGUGUACCUAUUGACAUCCUCCCUUUUUGCCCUUACAAAAAGAAAGAAGAAGUCUUUUCUUGUCCUUCACUUUCACAACUUCAGAAAUUUAAAGUUAUUCUUUCAACUUUUAUGAGUAGCUUUAGGCUUCACAAUGAAGGGAUAGAAGGUGGACAUUUUACUCAUAUUUUCCUGGUUGAUGCUAGCUCUGCAAUUGAACCAGAGGUUCUGGUGCCUCUGACAAACUUGACAAAUGCAUCAACAAACGUAGUGAUAACAGGUGCCCCAGAAAACCAGUCGGGAUGGGUUCGUUCCACCAUUGCUAGGCAAAAUGGAUUGAAGACUUCAUACUUUGAGAGACUCCGGCAGAGCAAACUAUACAGGGAUCUCAAUCCAGAGUCUAUAACACAGAUAAGUGAUGACUCUAGUUCAUCUUUAUCAUACUUCAGAAAAAAAUUCAGAAGACACAACAAAGGAAUAUAUUGAAAGUCUUUCUUCCAUUAAUAAACAAGCUUGUCCUUUAAAAGAUUCACUUAAGCUGAAAGGAAAGGAAGUCACUGUGAAGUCUCCUUUCUUU